AAGGAUUUUCGAUUGUGGAUAAAAUUUUAAUAUGUGGGGCAGCAUUUUUGCAGUUGCAUCUGUAGGUGUUUUGUCUAUGUUCAUAAUUCAAUACAGGGAUUGGAUUGACUGGAACAAGAAGUUUAAUUACAGAGUCGCACCCGGUCCAUGUAAACAAAUCUUAACAGAAGGAGGUUCAGAAGAUGUCACUUAUGUUGGCAAUGAUAUAGUUAUAAUGUCAUCAGGUAUUGGAGCAGGUGAAGGUGAAGGCGUAAUUAAAGCGCUUGAUCUUAACACAAGCCAAGUUGUUAACAUGACAAUACGUGGAGCACCCGACAGAAAAGAUUUCAUGACAAAGCCGCACGGAAUAUCUACCUGGAAAGAUGAAAGAGGGGAGAUGUAUUUAUACGUUAUAACACAUCCGCUAUCAGAGGACAGGAUAGAAGUUUUCAAACUGAAAGAGAAUGACAUUUUAAAAUAUAAACGGACCAUAACCGAUCCACUCAUGGUAAAUAUGAAUGACCUGGUCGCAGUCGGACGAGACAAACUCUUCAUCACAAAGUUUAACCAUUAUCGGGACAAACCACUAAAUAUGUUGGAAAUGUUGACGCAAAGGGCAUGGGGAGCUUUACUUUACUUUGAUGGCAAAAAAGUAAGACCUGUUGUACCAACUGGCCUUUCAAUGCCAAACGGAAUCAACAUUUCACCUGACCAAAAGAUGAUCUAUGUGUCAGAGUUUGGAACGAAGAAGCUACUUGGUUAUCACAGAUCUGAGGACAAUCUCCUGACAAAAGCUUGGUCGUUUGAUGUAGAUACAAUGGUUGACAACAUUGAGGUAGAUCAAGAAACAGGUGAUUUAUGGAUCGGGUGUCAUCCAAUAGCGUUAAGGAUUUUGGAUUGGAUGACCAGUGGAUUUGGACUGACGCUGCCUUCCCAGGUAUUGCGUUUCAAAAUGGAAGACAACAUGGUGUCCUCAGUAGAGGAGAUAUAUGCGGACGAUGGAUCAGAAUUACAUGGUUCAACGGCGGCAACAUAUGUUAAAGGCAAACUAGUGAUUGGAUCUCUCACUACUGAGACUGUCGUUUGCGAGGUGAACUAUCUGUCUCCUUCACUUCCUUCAAAUUAA